AUUCAAUAAUUGCAGAGUAUUUUGACAAGACUCCCACGCAAUGGUCAUAUCUUGGAUAUUUGGAAGCCAUGAAACCAUAUUUUGAUAUUGGCACUCCAAUACAAAAGUUGAAAUCACUGUGGCGAAAACGAUUUUUAAGUUACCUGAAAGAAAUCGUUUUAAAGGAUGGUACAAGCGAAGAACAAAGAAAAACUGCUUUAUUUUUGGUCACUCAGAAGUACGGUUGUGAAAUCUCACAAUUUUGGAAUCAAUUCGAUCUAUCCAGAAAGCUUAAAGCAAAGCAAAAUGAAGCCCAAGUUAACACACAGAUUAGUGCGUUGAAAGUUUUAGAUGUUGCAACUAUCGACCAAGCGGAUGAAUUUACCAAACGGAGAUCGUUUGUCCAUCCUGAUCCUUCUCAACUUGACAAAAGUGAUUAUUACCAAAACGAUGACGACGAAGAUAUCGACAAUAGUGAUGAUAACUCCACAAAAAUAAACAGCAUGAAGCAAAAGAAACGCAAAGCUCAUAUUGCUUUUGAUGAAAAGUUAGAUGACCAAUAUGAUGACAAACAGCCUUUUACGCAUAAAAACAUAAAUGCCGACCAAAUUGACGAUGUUCACUCUACUUCCAACAUCAGCUUCGCUUCCUCCUCUACUGUUGAUGAUUCUUCAUUUGAUAAUGAUGAAAAAAUAAAAAUUGAUCUGACAGAUAUCACAAAACAGCUGGAGCAAGAACCUUUAAUUGAAUGGGUAGUUGACGAUAUUCAAGUGACACGAAAGUUUCGGGAAUACCAAAGAAAGGUGCUUAACAAGGCAAGCAAUGAAGGGUUGACAUGGAACGACACCUAUGAGGUUCUUAGGCAAGCACGACAAUUAUGUAAUAAAUCUGCUAAAACGUCUUUUCCUUUUAGGGGUUUGUCGUCAAUUAUAAUAUUAUGUUGGCCAUGCCCGUAUCCAAUGUUUACGACUGAAGAAUGGCGACUAAUUAUGAAAACUAAUCCAUAUGCAUCAACGGGGCCUGUAUUUCCACUUGAAGUUUCUUCCUCCUUAAAAGAUGCAGUUUACAAACAUUGGAUUGGUGAAGAUGCAUAUAUAUAUGCUGGCGAGUCCAUACUUAGUAAAGCAGUUGCAAGAUCAUUCAACGAUAUUUAUGAAAGUGUUCCUCUGAUUGCUCCAUCAAAGAUGACUGAGGAUGAACACUGCUACAAAAUCUUACAUCCUGCUACUCGUCCAUUUUUCUUGAAUUCUAAAAAAGAAUACGAGGUUCAAUUAAACCGUGCAAUGAAUGGUUCAAAAAAAAGGCCGGAUUUUUCCUGUGUGGUAAAUAACGUUGCAUUUUUAAUCUCUGAAAUUAAACCCUUGGGAUGUACUCCGCUGCUGCGGAAGAAAGACAGCCUAAAG